GCAGAGCGGCAACCACUGAUCUGCUCAGCCCGAUCUUGGAAUGGAGAGCUGAAGGGGGCUGUGUGACACGUCUCCAGGACCCCUGGACACGCACAGGACCAGAGGCCUCAGCCUUGGAGCAUGGCAAGUCACAAGCAUCUUGGCAGCCCCGGGUGGACAGGACCCAUAUCCCAGGACAUGGCAGGUACCACGCCAAAAGCAUCAGCCCCCCGCCCAGACCUCCCACGUCCAGGACCUGAGGACCACUUAGACGCCCAGGGCAGCCCGAGCUCCAACUCCAGCAUGACCACACGGGAGCUGCAGGAGUACUGGCGGACCCAGAAAUGUUGCUGGAAGCACGUCAAACUGCUCUUCGAGAUCACCUCCGCCCGCAUCGAGGAGAGGAAAGUCUCCAAGUUUGUGAUGUACCAGAUCGUGGUCAUCCAGACCGGGAGCUUUGACAGCAAUAAAGCCGUCCUGGAACGGCGUUACUCCGACUUCGAGACGCUCCAGAAGAAACUCCUAAAGACUUUCCGGGAAGAGAUCGAAGACGUGGUCUUCCCCAAGAAGCACCUGAUAGGGAACUUCACGGAGGAGAUGAUCUCGGAGCGCAAGCUGGCCCUCAAGGAGUACCUCAGCCUGCUCUACGCCAUCCGCUGCGUGCGCCGCUCGCGCGAGUUCAUCGACUUCCUCACGCGGCCCGAGCUCAAGGAGGCCUUCGGCUGCCUGCGCGCCGGCCAGUACGCCAAGGCCCUGGACAUCCUGACGCGCGUCGUGCCGCUGCAGGAGAAGCUCACGGCGCACUGCCCCGCGCUGCUGGUGCCCGCCCUCUGCGCCAAGCUGGUGUGCUACCGUGACCUGGAGCGGCCCGCGGAGGCCUUCGCGGUCGGGGAGCGGGCCCUGCAGUGCCUGCAAGCCCGCGAGGGCCACCGCUACUACACCCCGCUGCUGGACGCCAUGGCCCGCCUGGCCUACCUGCUGGGCAGGGACUUCGUGUCCCUGCAGAAGAGGCUGGAGGAGAGCCAGCUCCGGAAGCCCGCCCUCCGGGGCUUCACCCUCAAGGAGCUCACGGUCCAGGAGUACCUGUCCUGAGCCGCCCGCUGGGGAAGCUGGAGGAGGGGGCUCGCCGUUGCUCAGGGGCUCAUUGGGGUUGGUUUUGAGCGGGUCAGCCACUUGGGGCUCUAGCUUGUGGCCGUGACUUUAACAGGCCCCCCUUCUGCUCCGGUGUUACCCCCCACCCCCGGUCUGCUGUGUUGAACCGAGAUGCUCCCCGGUGUCCUUGAAAACCUCUGUAUGUGUCCUGUGUCCUCUUGAUGCCAGGCCCACUUCAUCUCAAAACCACAAACCCAGCUGCAGAAACACUGGAGAGUCGUAUCUGCCUUGCUGGGGGGUUUCUGUAGGCCACUGGAGGAGACGUUUCGGCUGCACAUCACAGACAAAGCUUAAUCCGUUUCCUCGCAGACCUCUCUCUUUAGGUGUCUAGAAUAUCUUCUCUUUGCUCCUCCCUCCUCGACCUGGCUUGCAAAUAUUCCCACCUACUCUCCUGAGUGUUCUAGCUCCUCUCUCUUAGGUUUCAGCCCAAUUCAGCAAAACAAAAGGUCAGCUACUGCUCCUCAAGGCUCUGACCCCAGGAUGGGCUGUAAGUCAAUAAUUGAAAGGCUGGAGGGUCCUGGUCUAGAAGCAGCAAUCACUACCUUGGGGUGGGUUUUUCAUUUGUAAGGCAGCUGUCCUUUGAAUGGCCUUUCUGGAUUAUGUAGAAAUAGCCCUGCAGGGAAGUGGGACUCUGGGUAGAAGAGACUGAAUGCUCAACAUCUCCCCAUUUGAGAGACAAUGGAUUGGGGUCCCCAAGUGAAGUGGAUUCCAGACCAAUGACUGGGGUCAGCACAGGGCCGGGAGUUAAUGAUACAAGCUGGUUUGGAUCCUGUAUGUCUAUCAGGCUAGUAGCCCCUGAAGACCUAAACCAUGUAGCUGAGCUUCUCAGGCUAUACUAAAGAGGCUAUAACUUGGGAAUCUUAAUGUGGGGCACCACCCUGGCCUGAGCCAACAUCUGGCUCAGCCAAGAACAAUGGACAAGCGUUGUCCAUCGCGGAACUGCACUGAAGGUGUUUAACAGCGACACCAUGUGGCGAUACCUGGAGUGGUCCAACCCGGCCCCUUCCCGGAGGCUGGAUGCAGACUGACGCAGAUAAAGAAAGCCUCCAAGUAUCUCAAUUUACUCCACGAGAAAGACACUUUUAAGUGGGAGAGACUGGCUAUCUUGGAAAUCUUGACAUGUGGAAAAUUAAAGUGUAAAUGG